GUUGCGUACCAUCUACGGCGGAGUGCAGAUGGAAGACGGGACUUGCAGAAGGCGAAUGAACCACGAGCUGCAUCAGCUGCUGAGAGAACCAACCAUCGUCCAUAUCGCGAAAAUCGGGAGGCUACGGUGGGCGGGUCACGUCAUUAGGAUGUCGGACAGCAACCCUUUCUCGAGAGUCAUCCCACCGGUACAAGAAGACGUGGAGCGCAGCGAGCUAGGUGGGUCGACUAAGUGGAGGACGAUCUGCGGACCCUACGCAUAGUGCGAAACUGGAGACAAACAGCCAUGGACCGAGUGGAAUGGAGACGGCUAGGGGCCGUUCAUAAACCAUGUUACGCCGGGAUAGGAAGGGUUCGUUGCGUGAACGCGGCCUUCCCAGUUUGCGAUGACAAGCAGUGCCAAUGACUGUCUAAACCUAGGGCGCUGACAUGUUAGAUGUAUAUAGCUACUCUUGAAUGUUGAUAGCUAAGUUUAUUGAAGUGGAUUGAAAUUAUUGCGUAAAAUAGCCUAGAAUUGUUGCUGGAGAAGCAAGGUCUGAAUCCUCGAUUAACGAUAGCGAGCGAGUUGAUACUUACCGGUAUUAAUUGUAGGGAGAUUGGAUGGUUCGCAGGCAGGAUUGUUGAUUGGAAAACUGAGUUUUUUUGAGUGUGUCGAACAGUACUCCAAGAACAGUUUUCGAUAUGCUGCCCCGAACUCCUCCCAACAAUACUCAAAAAAACUCAUCACAGGAUGCGAACUACCCGUGCUGUAACGAGGAUGAUCAGUAUGAUGCAAUGGUGCAGUGCAGUCGAUGUAAAAGGUGGCACCACUUUUCAUGUGUCGGAGUGGACCAAAGUAUAGCGGAGCUUGUUUGGUACUGCCGUACGUGCCUCGGUGAGGACGUAUCCGCUCGUGAAUCGCUAGGCCAGCCUGGAGUCAGCCGUGUGCAACCACCACGUGCAGCUAAAAAGGGUAGUAUUAAAGAGCAUACCGGUAAGUCAAAGGAAGAUCAGAAGAAAAUCGUUGAAAUAAAGGAUUCUAGACACUCUGUGAAAGGGGGGACAAGUCAGGCAGGGCCGUCCAGGACGGGGGGCGAGAUAAACAUUGAUAAAAUACCAACCGAUCCCUCGCACGGUCGCAAUUCCGUUAGUGGUCGAAAGUCGUGUUCCGAGAGUCACAAAAGUGGUAGUAGUAAGACUAGAAGUUCCAAGCGGGACAUGGCGAUGAAACGAAUUGAAGAAAUGAAGGAGAGAAGUCGCUUGGAAGCUCUAGAAGAAGAAACCCAGUUGCAAAUGUUAAAGGUGAAGCAAAAACAGAUUGAACGACAGCGUCGCGAGUUGGAGGAGUUACAGCAGCUUUCUAAGCUGAUUGAAGAAGAAUCCGUGUGCAAUGAAGAUCUUGAGGAAGCAGCAAAGAGUGAUCGAUAAGGUACAAGGAUGGAUGAAUUCAUGUAAUGCUGUAGAACCUGGUAGGUCGAGGCGGUCGAAUAUCGCUUCCGAUGUUGACGUCAGUCAAUUCUCAUUGUUAUUGCCGGAUACUAACGUGAACAAAAUGAGACGAAUGCGUCAAACGCAGCAAAGGAGUUCCAGCGUGGUAGUGGGACCAACGGCGCUUCAGAUUGCUUCACGGCAGGUGUUUCCGAAAAACCUGCCUGCAUUCUCAGGUCAACCGCAAGACUGGCCGCUGUUUAUAAGCGCCUAUGAACAAGCGAAUGCAUCGUGUGGAUUCACCAAUGCAGAAAACCUCGUCCGUCUUCAACAGUCGUUGCAAGGAAAGGCAAUAGAAAUAGUUCGGAGCCUGUUGCUGUUACCCGAAAACGUGCCAACGAUCAUCGAGAAGCUUCGUCGCCGCUUUGGUAAUCCCGAAAUUUUGUCAACGAUGCUAGCACAACGAAUUCAGAGACUCGAAGGACCAGAUUCGGAUAACUUGGAGUCUGUGAUCGAAUUUGGAAGUGCAAUUGGUGAAUUCAUCCAACAUCUAGAAGUUUCGAAACUCAGCGACCAUUUGAAGAACCCCAUAUUAAUGCAGAGCCUAAUCCAAAAGCUGCCACCGUGUUAUGCCAUGCAAUGGGUUGAAUUCAAACGAAAUUUCCGAGUGGUUGACCUGAAGACCUUCGGGAAGUUCAUGGAGGAUCUGGUUGAUAAGGCAUUAGAAGUGACGUUCGAAAGGAUUGAAAUAGGCUCUUCAAGAAGGCGUGAGAAACCAAAGGCCAAGGUUUACACUCAUCUAAUGAAAGAGGAUUACGAGGAAAACUAUGUCAAAAAUAACCUGUUCGGCAAAAUACAGCCUACAUCGGUACAGAGUUCUCAAAAAAAGGACUUCAGUUGCUCUAUCUGUGACGAGCCGGGUCAUUUAGGACGGGAUUGCCGAGAGUUCCGGAACACAAGCUUGGAACGUAGGUGGAUGAUGGUGAAGCAUAUGGGCCUGUGCACGCUUUGCAUAUUCAACCAUGGGAAAUGGCCUUGCAGAUCUAAGGUGCGUUGUGAGGUGGACGGAUGCAAUGGUUUACAUCACACAUUGCUGCAUCCUCCGAUGACCGAAGGCGCCAAUAUGGAGGCACGUUGUAACAGUCACACUCUGCCGAGUAAAACCGCAUUGUUCCGCAUAAUUCCCGUUACAUUAUAUGGGGAAAACAGAAGAUGCAACACGCUCGCCCUUGUAGAUGAAGGAUCGUCUACGUCACUGAUCGAUAAUGAGAUAGCUGAAUUUCUUCAGUUAAACGGGCCUCGGGAACCAUUUGAAAUGCGUUGGACAAAUGGAGUCAGCCGUACAGAAACUCAUUCAAGAAACGUUGAGAUGAGGAUUACCGGAAUCGAUCAAAGAAAGGAAUUUGAACUAUGCGUGGCUGGGACAGUUUCCAAGCUAGAUCUUCCGGCCCAACAGUUGGAUGCAGAUGAGCUAAUCGAAGAGUUCCGACAUCUGAAUGGAGUUGAAAUACAGAGCUAUAAGCUAGAUACGCCGAAGUUGUUGAUCGGGAUUGACAACAUGCACCUUAUCGCUCCGGUGGCCUCGCGUAUCGGACAAAAGGGACAGCCAGUCGCUGUUAAAUGCAAGUUGGGUUGGACAAUUUAUGGUCCGAGGCCGAACAUACUGUCAGAUGUCCAUUUUCUUGGUCAUCACCGAUGUGCUUGCGACGAGUGUAGUAAAGCGGACCAGGACUUGAAUCAAAUGUUACGUGACAACUUUCAACUUGAAGCCGUAGGUGUUUCCCCAGUGCGAUUGGAGUCAAAAGAUGAUUGCAAGGCUCGAGAGAUUCUCCAACGGACUACAAGACGAAUUGGUGACCGAUUUGAAACCGGACUUCUUUGGAAAGAUGGAGCACCGAAUUUUCCUAAAAGUUACGCGAUGGCGUAUAAGCGAAUGAAGAACUUAGAAGCUCGAUUGGACCGGAAUCCGAGCAUCCGAGAAGUACUGCAGAAGCAAAUUGACGAGUAUGUGGCCAAGGGUUACGCGCAUAAGAUCACGGAAAGUGAAAUGACAGAGACACCGCCGGAGCGGUGCUGGUACUUACCCUUGAACUACGUCGUCAAUCCAAAGAAACCUGGAAAAAUAAGGAUGGUGUGGGAUGCAGCAGUGAAGGCGAACGGUGUUUCGUUCAACGAAAGCCUUUUGAAGGGACCAGAUCUGGUUGCAUCAUUGUCCGGAGUAAUCAACGGAUUUCGAGAGCGAAAGGUGGCGUUCGGUGGUGACAUUCGAGAAAUGUUUCACCAGAUUUUGGUGCGACAGGAAGAUAGACAGGCCCAACGUUUCUUGUUCAAAUCAGAUGUCAACCGCGAACCGGAUAUCUACGUGAUGGACGUGGUUAUUUUUGGUGCAAGCUGUUCUCCCUGCUUGGCGCAGUUUGUAAAAAAUCUCAAUGCUCAAGAGCAUCUACAGGAUUAUCCAGCAGCCGCAGACGCCAUAAUUCGUAAACAUUACGUUGACGACUAUUUCGAGAGUGUAGAUACGGAAGAUGAAGCAAUAGUACGAGCUAAAGAAGUCAGGAAAGUGCAUGCAGACGCUGGCUUCGAAAUACGGAAUUGGAUGAGCAACUCACCGAUAGUUUUGGAAGAACUCGGUGAAGCGGAAUCAAAAACGGCAAAGUCAUUUGAUGUAACUUCCGAGGCAGAAAGAGUUCUGGGAGUUAUGUGGCGACCCGACACUGAUUCGUUUGUAUUCUCUACCGAAUUCAGAGACGACUUGAGGCCUUACAUUCAAGAAGGAGCAUGGCCUACAAAGCGAAUCGCUUUACGCUGCAUCAUGAGCAUGUUCGACCCGAAGCAGUUUCUGGCACCGAUCUUGAUUCACGGCCGUAUCUUGAUGCAGGACUUAUGGCGAAGUGGCAUCGGUUGGGAUGAGAGAAUUGGACCGGUACACUAUGAUCGUUGGCUUCGAUGGACAGAGUUGUUUCCCCUAAUAAAUAAUAUAAGUAUUCCUCGAUGUUAUCUCGGACGACUGAGUUCAACUGCAUAUGAGACAAUGCAACUGCAUGUAUUUACGGACGCUGGAGAGGACGCGUAUGGAUGUGUAGCCUACUUCCGAUUUGCAGAUGGAGAAAGUGUGCACUGUGCAUUCGUGGAGGCAAAGGCCAAGGUAGCACCUUUACAAUACCUGUCUAUUCCGAGGAAAGAAUUGGAAGCAGCUGUACUAGGAGCGAGAUUAAUGAAGGCGAUAAGUGAAAAUCACUCAGUUGAGGCGAAGAAACGUUUUCUAUGGACCGAUUCGAACGCAGUUGCAUCGUGGGUGAAAUCGGACGUAAGGCGGUAUAAACCAUUCGUAGCCCACAGGAUUGGUGAAAUACUGAGUAUUACAACUUCUGACGACUGGCACUGGGUGCCCACAAAAUGCAAUCCUGCAGAUGACGUUACCAAGUGGGGACCGACAACACAAAUAAGUUCCGGUAGCAGAUGGUUUUGUGGCCCAGAUUUCCUGAGGAAACCCGAAAGUGAUUGGCCUGCGCAAAGAUGGAAACCGGUUGAAAUUGAAGAAGAACUACGAGCUAGUGUGCUACUUCAUGAUAUAGUUUUGCCAGACGCGGUGUUACCCAGGAUAAAACACAUUUCUAAGUGGAAGGUGCUGGUAAGAACGGUUGCAUCAAUCUACCGUUUUGUUUCCAAUUGUCGGCGCAGAAUAAACAAACUACCAAUCGAGGCGCUACCGACCUUGAAUAAAGGACCUAUGACGAUUCCAGGAGAGCAAGUUCCGCUGCGACAGGAGGAGUACCAGUUAGCGGAAAAUUUUAUCUGGCGUGUAGCACAAGGAGAACAGUUUCCAGAUGAUGUGAAAACGUUGAUCAAAAAUCAAGAUCCAUCCAUUUCCCAGCGAAGAAUGGUGGAGAAGAGCAGUCCUUUGUACCGACUGUCGCCAUUCUUAGAUGAACACGGAGUCAUACGAAUGGAAGGUAGAACUACAGCGGCGGACUAUGCAACGUUUGAUGUACGGUUCCCGAUCAUACUACCAAAGGAGCAUAUAAUUUCCAGAAAACUAGUGGAGCGGUACCAUCAAGAAUGUGGUCACGGUAGUCGAGAAAUGGUGGUAAACGAAGUACUUCAGCGGUUCUACAUUCCAUGCCUGAGAUCUUUGGUUGACAGAAUUGCACGAGAUUGUGUUUGGUGCAAGGUUCAAAAGGCGAAGCCUGCGGUUCCAAGAAUGGCGCCGCUUCCAAUAUCUCGGAUGGCAGUGAGAGAACACCCAUUCUCAUACGUCGGUUUGGACUAUUUCGGUCCGGUGGAAGUUGUUGUAGGACGAAGACGAGAGAAGCGAUGGAUAGCGUUAUUUACGUGCAUGACAGUGCGUGCUGUGCACCUAGAGCUGGUAUACAGUUUAACGACACAGUCGUGUGAAAUGGCGAUUCGCCGAUUCGUAAAGAGACGUGGGAGCCCGGUUGAGAUCUUUUCCGAUAACGGAACCAAUUUUGUGGGAGCUAGUCGAGAUUUAGCUGAACAAAUCCGAUCCAUAAACUCGGAAUGUGCUGAUACGUUCACUGGAGCCAGGACAAAGUGGACGUUUUAACCCACCGUCAGCACCCCAUAUGGGAGGCGUGUGGGAACGCAUGGUUCGAUCCGUAAAGGAAGCAAUGGCAGUAUUUGCACACGGAGAAAGAAUAACGGAUGAAAUUCUACAAACAACUCUGAUAGAAGCAGAAAGUUUGAUUAACUCACGCCCGUUAACGUAUGUUUCUACCAACGUACAAGAGGACAAGGAGGCACUUACUCCAAAUCAUUUUUUGAGGAGUUGUUCUUUGGUGGAUUGCAUGCCAUCAAGGAACUCAAUAGAGCUGGCUGAUAGACUACGGAGCAGCUAUAAUCAAGCACAGUAUUUAGCAGAAGAAUUAUGGAGGCGUUGGCAACGAGAAUAUCUUCCCAUGAUGAAUCGGCGGACGAAGUGGUUCGAUGAACGGACAACUGUGGCCAUUGGAGAUCUAGUAUAUGUUGCUGAUUCAGAAAGGCGAAAAAGCUGGGAGCGCGGAGUCGUGGAAGAAGUGUUCGCAGGAAAUGACGGAAGGAUACGAUCCGCAAUGGUACGUACUAGCACAGGAAUGAAAAAGCGAGCGGUAGCAAAACUACCUGUACUGGAGAUCGGAGGAUAAAAGUGGUAAGCGCAGUGGUGAUCACAAUCGACAACAGGGCUUACGGGCGGGGGAGCUGUUACGCCGGGAUAGGAAGGGUUCGUUGCGUGAACGCGGCCUUCCCAGUUUGCGAUGACAAGCAGUGCCAAUGACUGUCUAAACCUAGGGCGCUGACAUGUUAGAUGUAUAUAGCUACUCUUGAAUGUUGAUAGCAAAGUUUAUUGAAGUGGAUUGAAAUUAUUGCGUAAAAUAGCCUAGAAUUGUUGCUGGAGAAGCAAGGUCUGAAUCCUCGAUUAACGAUAGCGAGCGAGUUGAUACUUACCGGUAUUAAUUGUAGGGAGAUUGGAUGGUUCGCAGGCAGGAUUGUUGAUUGGAAAACUGAGUUUGUAAGUAAUGGCAAUGAAUUAUGUAUUAUGCCCUGGAUUAUAUGAUUACAUCGCAAUUUGAAUUAAAUAUAUUUUUAGUUUUGAGUGUGUCGAACAGUACUCCAAGAACAGUUUUCGAUAUGCUGCCCCGAACUCCUCCCAACAAACCACG